CUUCUCUUCCCGAUCUUCUCUAUAGCAGCAGCAGGUAGCGCUCGCGCGGCCAGAAGCCAGAAGUAGCUAGCCGGCCGGCUUGCGCUAGCUGUAACUAGCUAGCAAUUCGAUCUUCUUUGAGAGGCAGAGGCCCCAGCAGCUAGCAAGCUUAUUAGCCACCAUGGCGGAGGAGGAGCUGCAUCAAGUGCCGCCGCCGCUUGAGAGCGUCGUCUGGCGGAGCAGCGGCGACUUGUUGGGGGCGGCGGAUGAUGGACCUCGGCGCCGGCGGGAGUCCAUGGUGAACAAGCUCAUCUCCACGGUCUACUCCGGGCCCACCAUCAGCGACAUAGAGAGCGCGCUCUCCCUCUCCUUCACCGGCGGCGGCGCCGAUCAGCUGGCUGACGAUGAUGCCAGCAUGGAUAACUACACCUCCGCCUCCGCCGGCGGCGUCUCCACCAGCCCAGCGGUGGUUUUAUCCCCUGAGCUGAAUUCGUCGAAGGUGUUGAUGAGCAAGAUGGAGAACAAGUACACGCUCAAGAUGAAGACCUGCGGGAACGGGGGGCUCGCAGAGGAUGGCUACAAAUGGAGGAAAUACGGGCAGAAAUCCAUCAAGAACAGCCCCAACCCAAGGAGCUACUACCGUUGCACGAACCCUCGGUGCAACGCCAAGAAGCAGGUGGAGCGCGCGACAGACGAGGCGGACACGCUGCUCGUCACCUACGAAGGUCUCCACCUGCACUACACCUACUCCCACUUCCUGCUGCAACACCACCACCAGCAAUCUCCUCCUGCUCCAGCAGCAGGAGGAGGAAGCACCACCAGCAGCAGCAAGAAACCCAAGCUGCAGCCGCGCGGUGGCCCCGCACCAGCACCGCCACCACCACCACCAAUCAUCGACCACGACGACGACGACGCACCGGCAGGAGAUCUAGACCUGCAGUUCCUCCACGGCGGCGGCAGCAGCUGGCAGCAUGCUGCAGCAGCCUCACCAAGAAGAGACGAUGGACGGAUGCUAGGGGUGUUCCCUCAGCAAGAAGCAGAGGGCUACUACGGCUGCGGCUUUGUUGAUCGUCAGCAUAACAGUAAUAAUAACGGGGGGUUGCUGGAAGACGUCGUGCCGCUGCUUGUCCGGCGCCCCUGCAACAGUAGCAGCAGCACCACCACCCCAACCAGCAGCAGCAGCUCCUCGCCGCCGCCGCCGCCGCCCGCCCUCUCGACGACGUCGCCCUACAUCGACAUGGCCAUACUCCCCAACAUCUUCUGAAAUCGGAUCGAUCGAUCGAUACAUAUGCCUAUUUUUCAGCUUGCAGACAAGUAGUUAUAGCUAGAGUAAUGGAAUGGAAUGCCAGUG